AAAAUAAAAAAAUAAAUAAGGGAUUGUAAGCUGACAAGAUCCUUGCAAUCUGUGAUGUCAAUCAAAGGUUGCCUCGCCUAAAAAUAAAAUAAAAAAAAAAUAAAAACCACUGUCUUCACCAACAAGUCAAAGACUUUGAUUUUUUUUAAAUGAAAAAAUACUUCAUUUUUUAAGCUCCCAGAUGAUUCUUAUACAUUAGCCAGGCUGGGAAUGACUAGUCGCAUGAUGAGGGUGCACACUUACUCCAUUUAAGCAACCACCACAGCUCAAAACGACCCCCAGUGGAACUAUUCCUGAGUCAGUGAAUAACUACGCCUACACUGUGUGUGUGGGGCGGGGGGGGGGUGCGGUGUCCCACUAAAAUCUAAAAAAUAUUUAGGUUAAAAGUUGGGUUUACUUACUUUAAAUGUAAUUUUUUAAUGUUUUUUUGUUUUAAUGUACAAACUCCUCUGUUUGAGCUUUGUUAUUCUUUUGAUCUAUAGCUGAAUAGAUAAAGAAAACAGGAAGAAUCUUAUGUGUAAAAGGACAAUUUGGAUAUGUUUUUGCGAUUGAGUAGAAAAGUCCUAAAAACUGUGCUUGUAUUUGGCAUCACAAAGUUAGAAAAAGUUCGGCUCUAAUGCAAAAAUGAAGCAUGUUCACCGACACAAUCCUCAACAAUUCUAGAAUAGUUCUAGAACUGAACCAAAGGAAUCAUCAACAGACUGAAACCGACCAGUUCCAUCACGAGUUCCCCUGGCGGCUUCGGUCCUCGCUCUUAGGGUUUCCUCAUGGGAAACGUAACCGAGAGAGGCUCCAGGGAGCUGGUCGCUGACGGUGGCAAGUUGUUGGAAGAAGGCCCACAUGUGGCACUCCACACUAAGCUCUACGACGCCAUCAUGAGAGAGGACUGCGCCGUCAUCCAGGCACUGCUCCGAAGCCACCCCGUCAACCAGCCCGUGACCGUCCCCGCCAGCCCUACCAACUGCAGAUUACUUCUGAACCAGACGCAGUCCAUCAUCCCCAUUCACCUGGCUGCCGAAUACCACAAGCCACAAAGUCUGCACUGUUUGUUAGAACACGGCGCUGACCCAGAAAUCAGGGACACGAGGGGCCUCACUACCCUGCACCUGAUGCUGCUGCACUGGCCGAUCACUUCUACCACGUGGACGAAGCCGGGCAACAGAAUCCAAAGGCUCCUGACAGAUAUUCAGGACAACGCCACGGCGUGUCUCCGUGUUCUGUGUGAGCACGGGGCUCAAGUGAAUGCUCGCGUGGACAACAGCAACAAGCAUUCGCCCCUCCACCUGGCCAUCACGUAUGGGACCUACCCAGUUCUCUCCAUUUUAGCUCAAAACGGUGCCCAUGUCAACGCUAUCAAUGAAUCCAGCAUGACACCCCUCCACAUGGCUGCAGAUAUACUGAAUAAGGAGAUGAUAGAAACACUCAUUGCCUGUGGCGCAAACGUCAACUGCAUCGUUUCGUCGACUGGGAACACGGCCCUUAAGCUGGCGGUGUGUACUGCGUCGAGCAAAGCGGGCCGCCUGCUGGCGGCAGGGCUGGGCUGCAUCCGGCUGCUGCUGACCCACGGGGCCAAAGUAAACGCCCAGGACCAUGAGGGCCAAACAGCCAUCCACGAGGCGUGUUUCGGAGGCAGAGAGGCGAUAAUCCACCUCUUGCUUGAAUUUGAAGCAAAUGUUAAUAUCUUAACGAGAAACGGGGAGUCUCCGAUGUACAUGUACCUUCAGCGCAGCUCCAAUAUAAGAGACACGGCCCUCCUCGCCAAGCUCCUCUACCGCUCCUACCCGCUGAGGCUGACCAAUCACCAAGGAAUUCUCCCGGCAGGAAUCAUGCUACCAGAAUUCCACCUCUUAAGGGAGACCCUAAUCAAGUUAUCCCAAAAACCCUUAUCCCUAGAAGAUAUCUGUAAAAGAAGCAUCAGAAAUAUUUACGGUGAGAGAUACAAACAACACGUGAAACGCCUUCUCCCGGUGAAGAUGUGGAACUCCGUGUACGGUUGUCAUGACUUAGCUUGCCUCUUGAAAUGA